AUUUUUCAAGCGACACUCAUGGCGAGUUCACCUAUACAGCUGCCUUGCGCUGCACAAAGUGUCGGCACAGUCAAUAGUCUAGUGUCCACAUUGAUCCAAACCAUACUCACAGCACAAUGCGCGCUUUCUGCGAAGGACGAGUGGCCUAAAGAUUACGCGGAUACGGCGUUGAGUGAGGCACUCGGCGUAUAUGAUUUCAUAGUGAUAGGCGCCGGAUCGGCGGGUUCGGUUGUUGCCAGUCGUUUGAGUGAGAACCCCGACUGGAAAGUGCUGGUUUUGGAAGCUGGCGAUGAUCCGCCGCAGGAGUCAGAGAUACCCAUCUUGGGUAUUACAAUACAGCAAACGCCACAAACUUUCAACUAUUACUCGGAGCCAACGACGCGCAUAUGUCAAGGUUUGAAACACCGCUUGUGUUACAAUCCACGUGGUAAGGUCAUAGGUGGCUCCGGCGCCAUCAAUGGCAUGGUCUAUGUGCAAGGACAUCAAAAGGACUUUGACGAUUGGCUGGCGGCAGGCAACACGGCUUGGGGUUGGAAAGAUGUAAAGCGGUACUAUGAGAAGGCGGUGCGUCCUGUGGGCAAUGACACACAUCCUAAAGGCUAUGUGGUGCUGAAUGAGAGGUCUUUAGACGGGCAGGCAUUGGUGGAUAGCGCAAUUUUUAAUGCCACUGCAGAGUUGGGCGUGCCGUCGCUUACGAAAUAUAAACACGGCAUAGAGAUUGGCACUGUAUAUUUACCGGUAACAGCUCGCGCAGGCCGGCGCAUGUCCACAGGUAAGGUGUAUUUGGCCAAAGUGUCGAGGCGUCCUAAUUUGCAUGUCAUUAAGAAUGCGCAUGUGCGUAAGAUACACUUCGAACACAGCGGCAAGCGUGCAACUAAGGUCACAUUUGUGCUGCGCGGCUUAUAUGAGCUGAGCGUGGAGGUGCGUAAGGAAGUGGUGCUUUCAGCCGGUGCAAUUGACUCUGCGAAAUUAUUGCUUUUAUCCGGCGUAGGACCGCGCAAGGAACUCGAGGCACUACAUAUACCCGUCGUACAUGACUUGGCUGUGGGAUCUACCCUUUGCGAUCACGUGCACGCAAUGUUCUUCUUCAAAGUGACAACCAAAGCGCUAGACACGCUAAGCUAUACAAAAGAGACUGACGCUAUCUACGAUUCUUUAAUACACAAAGGCGGUAUCUUCACACAGGUACCCAGCGGUGUGACGUCGUUCAUAGAUACGAAAGGCAAGAGCGAUUUGCCGGAUAUACAGAUUCAUUACACGUUUCACCGGCGCGGCAGCUCAAAAGCUUUCGAACGUGAUUCUAUCAGACGCAAUGCUAAAAUAACUGCGUUUUUGAGUGAGAAUUUAAAAGACGCACAUUUGCUCUCCUUCAUGUUGAUACUCGCCCAGCCAGGCUCCGUAGGUAAAAUACGUCUAAGGAGCACAAAGUAUCUUGAUCCGCCACGCAUACACUCCAAUUUCUUAGACGACUCCGAAGAUAUAGCAACCUUUUUGCGUGGCAUACGCUUCAUCGAGCGUUUAGAGCGUUCAAAAGCUUUACGUGCGAUAAAUGCUACUCUGUUGCAUAUACCCCUCGCCGAGUGUGACGGUUAUAAGUAUCGCUCGGACUCAUAUUGGCGUUGCUACAUUAAGUAUCUCGGCGAGGGGGGCUAUCAUCAUACAUGCACAGUAAAGAUGGGUCCUGCUAAGGAUAGAGAGGCCUGCGUGAAUCCCCGAUUGCUGUUGCAUGGUGUUGAGAACUUGCGUGUGGCGGAUGCGAGCAUAAUGCCAAAUGUGCCGCGCGGUAACACACAAGCUCCGGUGAUUAUGAUUGGUGAAAGAGCGGCGGACUUUAUAAAGGAGGACUGGCAGAAGUGUGACGGCGACGGUGAUUGGGAGAAAAUAUGA